UCAAGCAACGUGGCUUCCAAAUGCUCGGUGAGGGCCGUGUAGGUUGUUCUUAUAUAUUUCCUCAGCACAGGCUCAAAGAUCAAAAACGUCCAGCGGCCAGCAGAAAACAGCACGAUUAAAGUCGUAAUAGAUAAGAGUUAACAGGUUUUUAAUUGCGCAAGGUUAGAUUGGGAAAACAGACGAUGAGAGGGAAUUUCAAAGUGGAGCAGUCCGAAGGAAGAAGGAGAAGUCUAGAGACCUGCAGUGUCGUGGUUGAAUUCAGGGUGGAUGAGAAGAAGCAGUCAGUGUGGUAGACCGAGUCCUCAGCAUGAAUCAGUUAGUGAAGUUCACGAGAACAGUCACCGUGGUAGGAGCGGUAGAAGGAGGCAAUGACCACCGGUGAGUGAGUAUUUGGAGUGAACUAGUGAGUUUCUGGGUCAUCACUCAUCCUGACUUAUUUAUUCUGAAUUCUAUCCGGUGCAGUGCGGUCGGAACUCGGCGCUCCACCCAAUAUAAUAACAGCGGCAGGAUUCCUGCUUAGGCCGAAUUCGUGUUUUGUAUGUGAAGCGCCUCCAAUUAGCACGGUUAGUUACGUAUGGUGCGACAGAAAUUUAACAUACAUACAUACGAAGCGCUCUUUGAUUCGCGCUGGUGUGGAUGAAACACAAAUGAUUGUUAUUUUAUCGUUAUUUAUUUUUUUAAGGCAAUUCUGAGAGUAAGUAGAAUAUACUCUGUCAGCAUAAUCCAGGACUGGGAGUAAAUGCUGGACAAGCGCUACAUGGUAGCAGCGUGAAAAAACGGUAAAAAAAAUACCGGUUACCGGUUUGCUGUACCUGAAGAGGUGUCAAGCAAUAAACAUAUUCUAAUUGAGAAGCAAGGGAGUUGCUACAGCGGUGUAAUCCAGAACCGGCGACAGCCGGUUCGAUUCCAUUUCGCAAACACUCCACCGUUCAUGCAACGAGGAAAAUAUCGUGACAGACUGGGAAUGGGUCAUCUAACUCAUGAUGGUGGGGGUGAUCGUGAUUGGUGGUGAUGUCAGACUUGUAUUUAGGCACUCACACUCGCACACUCCACCCAGACACGGGUUGUGUUUAGCGCACGCAAGCAAGCAAACACAUACACACACAUGUGUCAUUCAAGCCUGGAAGAAUUAUACGCGGAACCAGACGCAGAAGCAACGGACACAGAAGGGCACCAACGUGAGAGCGUUGGAAUUGCAAUUGAACCCUCUAGGCAUUGCCGGAGUUUUGCAUGUCCUCACCCAGGAAUAUGCCUCCCAACGUGACAGCACCACAGCCACAGAGGAGCGUGAAUUCCCGUGCCAGGCCGUGCCGGGAUGGCUCACAGUCCGGCAAGGAAGCCAGGCGACCAGGGGCUCGGGGAGAGAAGCAGGCACGCCUGCAGCUGCACGGCGCCAGGGCCAAGCCAGUGGCAUUUGCCGUGCGUACUAACGUGGCCUUCCAUUGUGCCAACCAGAAGGAUGUCCCCGUGCCAGGAGCAGCCCUGUCCUUUGAGGCCCACGACUUCUUGCACAUCACAGAGAAGUACAGCAGUGAAUGGUGGAUUGGCCGGGCUGUGAUGGAAGGAGCACCACUGGGGUUCAUCCCGAGCCCUGGCCGUCUGGAGCAACACGCCCGCCGUGCACUCCUCCACCCAAGCAAGGCUGCAGGCGGCGCGGAGGAGAGCGGCGGCGGAGCCAAGCACACGGCGGCAGCCCCGGCCCAUGCCAAGCAUAAACAAAAGCUGGCGGAGGGGAUUCCUCCAUACGACGUAGUGCCAUCGAUGCGUCCCGUGGUGCUGGUCGGGCCUUCACUCAAGGGCUACGAGAUCACAGAUAUGAUGCAGAAGGCACUGUUUGAUUUUCUCAAGCACAGAUUCGAGGGAAGGAUCUCUAUCACUCGUGUCACUGCUGAUAUCUCGCUGGCUCGCCGCUCUCUGGUGAUCAAUCCCAGCAGGCAUGCACCCCUGGAGCGCACCACAGCCCGUGCCACCUCUGAUGUGCAAGCUGAAGUUCAGGGGGAGGUUGAACGAAUCUUUGAGCUAGCUCGCACCCUGCAGCUCGUGGUGCUGGAUGCUGACACUAUCAAUCAUCCGGCUCAGCUCGCACACUCCAGCCUCACACCCAUGCUGGCCUACGUCAAAAUAUCCUCUCCCAAGGUGCUGCACAGGCUCAUCAAGUCACGGGGAAAGACCCAGAGCAAGUACCUCAACAUGCAGAUGGUUGCUGCAGAGAAACUCGCACAGUGUCCUUCGGACCUCUUUGACUUAAUUCUGGAUGAGAACCAGUUGGAUGAGGCUUGCGAGCACUUGGCUGAUUUUUUGGAGAUGUACUGGCGGGCUGCACACCCCGCUUGCGGUAGCGGCACCCCUGCUGCCGUUGUGGCUACACCAGUCUCAAUGCCACCUCCGUCUCACCCCGAGCUCUCUGUGGCUCCAUAUCCUCCGAACCAGCAUGAACAGCAAACAAGCAGGGAGCACACAUCGACACCGCCGAGCCCCCGGCGACACGCCAACCACUACCACAAGAUGACGGAGCGAGGGGGUCACGGCGAGGAGACCUGCGAGCCAGUGCAUGCCUCGAAAAUUGUAAAGGAUGCGGUACAUAAGAAGAGUUCACAGAACUCGUGUGAAGAACGGCCAAAGCACGGCCACGCUAAGGUGGGCAGCGGCAGAGAAGAGAGAACGGGAGACCAGGGGAGUCAACAAAGGGACGAUCACCGCCGACAAAGAAAACACCAAUCGCACGAGCACCGUGACCAUUGAAACGUACACAGCCACGCACAACAGCCAGGCCACUUACUGACUGCCUCUCACCUCUCAUAGGGACCAAAACCCUCAAAAGCUGAGUCACUCCACAACAUUAAAGUGCACUGUAGCCAGGACAAAACAUUGACACGGUUGUCGCUAGGCCUCUGUUCGUGUCAAAAACAAUUGGAAUCCAUCACUUAAAAAGUAUCCUGGAAUAUUCUGUCGUCUGAGUCACAAUUUGAUGCUGAGCUGUCGAUUCUGUGCGAUAACUUCACUUGCACUUGUAUUUGACAAAGGUCCCUCUUUGUUUACACACUGGUGCAAGUUACUAUAAUCACAUUUAAAUGUUUCUGUAACUUAACUUUGCUAUGGUUUUUUAAAUCAAAUUGUCCGAGCCGAGUUUCGUUACAGGAAAUAUAGUAUUUAAUAUUUGUGUGCACUAUUUUCAACUUAAUCAGUAAUGUGGUUGUCUUUGAUCUGAUUUCUAAUUGCUUCAUUGCAGUAUUGUACUUUGUUUUUAUGUUAUUGGUUGUCAUUUUGGUGACCCAGGUAUUUCUUACAAAUACGACUCUAAUUGUAUCUUGAGCUCUUACCUGGUUAAUCAAAAUAAAACUUGAAACCGGACAGUUAUGAGCAAGAACAUGUAUCUCAAGCAAAUGAACAAGGGGAGUCUCUCAUGAACUGUCCUUGCCGCAGGUUUACAGAUCUGCAGACGUUUCUCAAUGGAUGCAGAUUUGUAAGACUGGUAAGUGUUAUGCUACUUAUCUAACAGUUUCCCUUGCGGUUCAAGCAAGCCUCACUCUGCUGAUGAGACUGGCCCAGUUUGCUUGUGUUAAAUCAAUGCUGCUGAAUUAUGCACUCCCAGAGGGAAGGUCGUGUCACCAAUUGGAUGUGUAAAAAGUACGUUUUGUGUGGAGGGAUAGAUAUGUUACUUGUGCUACAACUGCUGGUCCUACAUGGAUCAUACUCCCUUUGUGUGAUGUGGGUAUAACAUGUCCCAACUUCCAACAUCAGUGUCUGUAGGGAAAUGCAUAAUGAAAGUGGUGGACCAACACCAACCUGUUUAGAUAGAGAUACGUUUGAGUCAUGUCAGCAGAAAGAGCCCAAUGAGCUGCCAGGCUUAUUUCAUGGGCGUCCUGCUCAUGAAACAUGAGAAAAAAGUUUUGCUGACUGGCUGGCUGGCAGGACAUCAUGUCCAAUGUGACGGACAGUCAGGUCCAUAGAAUCUGCAGGUUGCAAGUGUACGUAUGAAAAUAAAGAUGUUCAGUAUUAAUCUCACACCACUUAUUAUGGAAUUG